AUGUUGAUCUUCUGCUCAAUUAUGUCCCUGGUGAACGCGAUCCCUCUCAACGUCUCAGAGGCGCCCACUGUUCCAAUACCGACCGAGGAUCAUACGGGUGGAAGGCGAUACACUGAUGAACAGCGAUUACUGUAUCACCUCAUGAAGGACUACGAGAAGUCAGUUCGUCCUGUACGGAACGCUUCCCAUACUGUAACCGUUCGUCUGGGCAUGACCAUGACAAACAUUUUUGACAUGGACGAGAGAAAUCAAGUGCUAACCAUCAAUGUGUGGUUGGACCAGGAAUGGAAUGACGAGCUGUUAAGGUGGAAUCCGGAUGACUUCAAUGGCAUCCAAUCAUUGCGGAUUCCAUGCGACCUAAUUUGGCUACCCGACAUUGUUCUCUAUAACAAUGCUGAUGACUACACAGCAGGCUAUAUGCGUUCACGAGCGAUGGUGCUUUAUACAGGCACAGUGUUCUGGCCACCUCCGAAGCAGUUGCGCAGUACUUGUAAAGUUGAUGUGUCGUUGUUUCCAUUCGAUGAGCAGCGAUGUUCCUUGAAAUUUGGCUCAUGGACCUACCAUGGGUUCCAAGUUGAUAUCACCAAUCGAAGCGAAAACAUCGACUUGACCAACUAUGUUCCUUCUGGGGAGUUCGACCUGGUCAAGGUUUAUCAGAAGCGACGUGUCGUCAAAUACACGUGUUGUCCAGAGCCCUACCCAGAUAUCACGUUUUUCAUCUACAUCCGCAGAAAAACGCUCUACUAUCUUUACAAUAUCGUUUUCCCAUGUCUCAUGAUGUCAGUACUGACAUUACUUGUGUUCGUACUUCCACCUGAUUCCGGUGAGAAAAUUGCGCUCGGCAUCACUGUGUUGCUUGCAUUUUCCGUGUUCGUACUGGCAAUUGCUGAGAAAAUGCCGGAGACGUCGGAUUCGAUGCCGCUCAUCGGCAUCUAUCUUACCGUAGUUAUGAGCAUGACAUCCGUGUCCGUCGUCAUGACUGUUAUGGUGCUGAAUUUCCAUCACCGUGGCCCAUUCAACGAACCCGUCCCAAACUGGGCUCGAGUUUUAGUGCUGGAUCGACUGCGGAGACUUCUUCGCAUGAAACUUUCUAACAGAGGUGAUAGCGCGAGAGUGUCCGUCUGUUCAAACAGUAUGAUGAGACGGAUGUCAGUGCGGGUGGCAAUGGAUGACAUGAGGAAGGAGAUCAUUAGCGUUCUGGGCCCCGGUCUGCUGACUGGUGGGAAUGGAGUCCCUGAGUCGGCACGCCUCGAAUCGCUUUUGCUGGACGUUCCACAAACUGAAUUCUCCGUAGCACAAAACGGCGUAGUACGGAAACGACCACGAGCUGGAGAUGAUCUUCAAGUUAAGCUGCUCAGAACUUUACAGGUUCUGGUUAAGCGACAGGAAAACGAGGACGCAAGCGAACGAGUGGCUAACGAAUGGAGGCACGUAGCACAGGUUAUCGAUCGACUGCUGUUUUGGAUCUUCUUGUUUGCGACUGCAACUAUAACCUUCGUUCUGCUUGUGCUCAUUCCAUCUCUUCCUUACUAUACAUACAAUUAUAAUGAUGAACCGUAG